UUUAACAGUUUGUCCCUAUCCUAUCAACCCAAGAUCCCUAAUCCCUCUCCCAAUACGAAAAAUGAAGGGAAUGAAAUUACUUGCAUGGUUUUUGUUCAUCUCAUGCUCUCAUGCCCUAUCAAGCUUGGCUCUCAAAGGCUUCUUCAAGUUAGAAUAUGAUAAAAAAGGUGCUAACCUCUCAAGGCCUAUUGGACAAGGACAAGACUUUCAUGUAGUGAGGCAUACAGGUGUAGACCGCGCGGUCAAGCUAUGUGGAGAAAAAUAUGAAAUGGAUGAGCCAAGGAAGAUCCAAAAAGGGAAAGGGGGAGUUUAUGGGGGUGCAAAUAUUGCUCAUAAGCCACGCCCAAAUGAGAGAAGUAGUGCACCAUCAUUGCUAGCAAGGCCCCAACAUCCCUUUCUCUUCACUAAAACCAGGUUGCAAGUAACCUUUGCUUUGAUUCUUAUUCUUCUCUUUCAAUUGCUCUAACAAGUUUCCAUUCGAUCGGAAAUUUGUAUUGAAUAUGUAGCUUUGGUUUGUCAGUUGUGUGUUCUUCUCCCUUUUUCUUUGGUGUUUUACCUCUUCGUGGCUGAUUUUGAGCUUUCCCUUUGAGUGUCCUUGGAAGAUCCUUUGAUACCUAGUCUUUUUAUAGGAUUAUG